UUCUAUGGAGUGCAGGAAGCAAAUCUAGGAGGUGCAGGAAGAAAUACCAAAGUCAUUAUUAUUAACUCAACAUUUUCCGUCUCCCACACACUCCCUCUCUGGAAUCAACGUUGAAUAGAACGAACAAAUCAUAUUCUAACUUUCUUUAGUUCCCAUCUCCAACGUUGGAUUGUUCCAACGACGAUGCUGCUGUCUCUGCAACACAUUUGAAUACUACGCAAUUUUUUUAUUAAAAAAAAAUGCGAAGGCUGCUCGGGAAGAUUUCUGGGUUCUUGAGCAAUCGAACUACGGUGGGAGUGGACAAAACAGGGAACAAAUACUUCACCAGAAAUGAAGAGGUUGAUGGUAUCAUGAAAGAGAAAAGAUGGGUGAUAUUUAAGGGAGAGGAGGAUCCUACCUCUAUUCCAGUUGAAUGGAUAUGUUGGCUGAAUGGGCAGCGUAAAAAGGCUCCAACUCCAGAGGAAAUGAUGGAAUUGGAAGCAAGACGUGAAUGUGUUAGACAGAAUGUUGCUCUUCUUUACAGAGACCUUAACACAAACUCUUUUUUUUCCCACAAAGUUCUCAAGAAAGAAGAAGAAAGGAUAGCCAAAGAAGGAAGCAAAGGAAAACGUGUCAGCACUGGAAAAGUCAGUGGUCCAGACUUGAAAAGUUUUAUUCAGCAAUUUCCAGUUCCUUCAGAAGGUAAAGAGGUUGAAGAAUCACCUAGUGCAAUGGAUGGCUUAAGGAAUCCUCAGGAUGGCUUAGCCGAGAAAGAAAAAGAUGAGUCUGAGUCUUCAGAGCCAACAGGAUCUGGUGCAUCUUUUAGACCAGGAACUUGGCAACCUCCAACUUGAGCUUUCAUCACAACCAAGGGCCUUGCUGAGCUUGUAUUAGCCAUGCGCUGUUUUGAAAAAUCCAGGCGUGAUAUAUAUUUCUCCCUCAAGAAUUUUGAUAUAAUUCAUGUGUUAUCAAGUUUCUAGAAAUCUUAAUUCAUUGAUAAACCUUUGCUUAAAGAAUAUGGCCAAUAAAACAACCUGCUUUAUGCAUUUGCAAUGAGUUUGCUUACUGUAGUGAGUAAAGGGGAUGUUUGGUUUGGUU